GAUGUUUGCAUUCGAGGUGGCACUUGUAUAGAUGCAGAUCUCUAACAUGUCUUGAGUGGUAUUUUACGCGUUUCGAAAGCGGCAGAAUGCAGGCUUGCCAAUGCGAUUUCAUGCAGCAUCCGGUUAUACGGCUAGUCUUGUAGCUAGUGUACCGGACCUAGCAUUCGUGGGAAGCUGUACUUGGUGCGAGAUGCAGAACGAGUAUUAUAUGUAAGCAGAUGCGGUGCAGUCGUGGGCAGACUGUGCAGUGCAGUCAGUUGACAGGUGGCUGUUUGAAGUGUGUGGGAUGCAGCAGAGUGAAUGGUGUAGUGUUGUGCUGCUGUGUUGUGUUGUGGUUGGAGAUGAUGGAGAUGGCUGGCGCUGGCGGGGAGCUAGACCGCAUAGAACAGCAAGACUAUUGAAGCUGUCUAAAUUUGCUAAUGCUAACGGGAGCUGCCUGGAUACGAGGGCGUUUGGUGGCGAGGUAGGCUGUGCAGAACAUGUAGCUGUCGACGUCCUGGCAGGUCAAUUGACGUGUGAAGCGGGUGGUGAAGGCUGGGAAACAGAUGGCAUAUGCACAGCAGCAGAGAGGGCGAUAAGAGAUAGGCUUGCACCGUGUCCUGGCAGGUCUCCAGCUUGCGCGUUUCAGAAGUCGUGCAUGGGCUAAGAGUCCAAUCGGGAUGCAUAGCCCGCGCCGUUGAUGACGAAGAGUGCC